AGGGGUGCAAGAGUGGCGGUCACACACUGGCGCCUCCCACACUCUGGCUGAGAUUUUACUGAAUGAACAGACUGCAACAGCGCGCUGACGCGCAGGAAAUUGCGUGCCUUCUGGAGAUGUAAGGUUUGGAAAAUGAGAGAUUAGCGAUCGGUGCCGAGAGGGGGUUGAAGCGACGGCGGGACGGGUGCGCGAUCCAGCCGCUCCGGGAGUGACUGCAAUCCGCACGAGAACCCAUUCCCUCCCGCAGCACCAGCACCAGCGGCCCGGGAACGGCGGGUCCGCGCUCUGCAAGGCGGCUGGGAAACGAAAAUCAGAGUUGGUGCCGAGGGGGAGGGGGAGAACCCGAGGUCCCCGCCUGGAUUGGCGGCAUUUUGCAAACUGCAGCCCGGUGAUCCAAGCGAGGGGCGUGGACUGGCCCCGAACUCCCGCCACUGACCCCGAGCAGCUCCCCUCCCCUCCCCGGGGGCUCUGACUCUCGCCGCUCCGCUCAAUCCCCAGGGAGCGGCGGCGUUUGCAAGCCCGGCGCAACCAACAUUGGGAAAGAGUGAGAAGAAAUUCCCCUUCAGCGGCCGGAGUAUAAACUCUCCACACCACGUCUGCCUGGGUCGGACGACUUCAGGCUGCUGACUUGGGUUCGCCCAAUCGGGCACACUUAGGGAAAGUGUGUGUUUUAUUAUUUUUGAAAGAGGAGCCAUUUGCAGGGAGCCGAAGACGGAACUUUCCACUGGCGGCUAAAGGAGGACGGGUUAAAACCACCACUUUCAGCACAGUUGGUUGAAGGACGGGAGUUUAUUUGGAAAACAAUUUAAGAAGCCCUCCAGACAGAAGACGAGCAUGUUAGGAGGAAUUGAAAUAUAUUUGAGCAAGGUGUGAGGAGGCGGGUAGCUGCCAAAUUAACAGCCGAGGAGAGCGCACCUCCCUCCCUCCCUGUAGGUGUGGAUUUGGAAGGUGUUUUCCGAGGAUGUACCGCAGCUGUUUGUGAAUUGUACACAUUGACAUUGGAUUGUGAUUAGCGCCGUAGCCAGCAGCACCGUUUCCCGUUUCCCGACCGAAGAUGUACAGCAGCCGAGACCUGGUUUGUCAUUACCUGUACUACCGGCUGUCCCGGCACGGCUACGUGUGGGAGGAACACCUGGACACCCCGACCGUGGGCAACGGUGCCCGCCGGCCCCCCGCUGCUGCAACUGAUAAGGCUCACCGUGUCCUGCGGGAGGUGGGCGACAGCUUCGAGCGCCAGUACCAGCAGGAGUUCGCCGACAUCGCGCUACAAAUACGCUUCGAGCCCGACACCGCCCGCCACCGCUUCGAUGCAGUGGCCGAGGAGCUGUUCCGCGACGGGGUCAACUGGGGCCGAGUGGUGGCUUUCUUCGUGUUCGGUGGCACCUUGUGCGUGGAGAGCAUCAAGAGGCGGGACAUGGCAGCGCUGGUCGACAGCAUUGCCGCCUGGAUGACCGCUUACCUUGACAGCAGCCUGACCGACUGGAUCCGCGCCAAUGGAGACUGGGAUGCCUUUGUGGAACUUUAUGGAAACAAUGUGCAACCUCUUUUCAACAUUCCAUGGCCAUCCCCGAGGACAGUUGUGGGCAUCGCUGCUGUGGGCGCUUGUAUAACCUUUGCUUAUCUAGCCCACCAGUAUUAAUCAUUAUUAUUCAAGAGGUUAUUUUUAAGUAGGACUUCUUGUCAGACUAUAUUCAUGUUAAAGACAAAUUGUUUUAUCUACUGGAAUCCAAUUAUCAUUCUUUUUGACACAUUAACGUUCUUGUAUUUAUAAUCAUGGCAGUUUUUCAGGUAUGUCUUUAGUUUUAAUCGAGGUUGUGGUGUUUGGGAUGGGUUUGUUCAUGAAAAUGUUAAUGUGAAGCAAAUGCUAGAAAUGCAUUGAACCACAGGUUGGACUUCCACAGGCUAGUUGGAAUUUACAUUUCAUUGUAGUUUG